AUGGAAUAUGUUAAGGAUAAGGAGUUAUAUGAUUACAAACCACCCGAUACUGAUUUGGAAGAGUGGCGAGGUCUUUUAAACAUCGCCACUAGACCUUCCGUGCGAACACAGAUUGAACACCUUAUUAGCAAUUUGGAAUCCACUUUGAAUACUUCCAAUAAUGCUAAUAACACUUCAAAAGUAGUAUACAACACGGUAACAUCAUUUUCAUGGGAUCAAACUCAAAGAAAUGUAACAGUCUUAGUUCCGGUUUCCGAAGAGCCAAAGGACGUUAACGUUGAUGUUAAACCAGACUCACUGGACAUUAAAUUUGUUUCCGGAUCAAAACACUACCAACUCAAGCUUAAGAACCUUUUUUCCAAAAUUAACACCACCAGUAGUUGGAAAUGGAAAAGUGGUUAUUUACAGGUCAAGCUUGAAAAGGAAAACCACGUUAAUUGGUCAUCAUUAACUUCAAGCUCUGAUAAGGAGAAGAAACUACUGCCGCAGAAAACCGAUGAAUCAAAUCCACAAGCUAUGCUCAUGGACAUGAUGAAAAAUCUUUACGAUCAAGGUGAUGAUGAAAUGAAAAGAACAAUUGCAAAAGCAUGGGUAAAUGUGUAG